AUGGAUUUACAUGUAAAAAAGAAUAAUUAUGAUCAAGUUUUAAAUAUAAAUAAAAAUCAAGGAAAUUCAAAAUAUGACUUGAACGAAAUAAAAAAUAAUAUCAACAAUAAUAAUAAUAAUAAUAACAACAACAACAAUAAUAAUAAUAAUAAUAAUAAUAAAUUAUUAGAUCAUAACCAUUUUAAUAAUAUAGAAGAACAUACAAAGGAAAAACAAAAUAUAUUUAAUUCAAAUGAUGUGAGUGAAGUAAACACUAAUAUAACAUCUAAUGUAGAAGAAAAUAAACAGUCUAAGAAUAAUAUUGAUAGUAAAAUUUAUUUAUCACUUAAUAGAUGUGAGAAUAAUGAGUUUUUAAAAAAAGAAGAUUAUUAUAAAGAUGAUAAUUAUAAUGAUAAUAUAUUACAUGGAUUAGACACCAAUACAGUUAAAACUUUAAGUACACAAAAAAGUUGUUUGUUAUUUGAUAAUAAUAAAAAAGAUGAUAUUAAUAAAAUGAUAAACAUUAAUAGUGAUAUUAGUAAUAUGGAUAAUAAAGACACCUACCAUAUAGAUGAAAAGGAUAUAAACAAUAAAAUAUGUAAUAAUAAUAAUAAAAUACAUAGUAUAAAUCAUAUUAGUGAUAAAGAGAAAACAUCGACCAUAUCUAACAUAUCAUAUGAUAAAGAAAUUAAAGAAAAUUCUCCAGAUUCUGAAUAUGAAAAAACAAAUGAAUCAUGUAAUUAUAAAGAAACCAUAAAUUAUAAUAAAAUUAAAUUUGAAAAGAAGAAAAAAAAAAGUUCUGAAGAAAAAAAAGAAAGAGAAAAAGAAUUAUUAGUUGCUUAUUGGUUAAACGGUAUUGUUGAAUUAUUAGAAAGUGGAUUUAAAAAUGGUAAUAUAAAUGGAAGUAAUUCUGUAGGCAAAAAAAUCGCAGAAGUUUUAAAGAAAGUAGUAGAGAUAUAUCAAUGGAAGAAUGUAUUUGAUUUAAUUGAAAUUAUAAAAUAUUUAGGUAAACAGGUUAUUAAAAAUAAUAAAAUGUUUUUUGUAAUACCAAAUAUAAUAAGAAGAGUAUUAACAAUAAUAAGAGUAGAGCAUUUUAAACAGUUAUAUUUAUAUAAUAAUAAUUAUAUGGAUAAUAUUAAUAAUAUCAAUGCGAUUGAUCAUAAGGAAUAUGAAGACAAAAAAGAUGGUCAAAUGUGCAACCAUGGUGACAACAGCAAUAAUAAAAAUAAAAAUAUUAAUAUUAAUUCUAAUAGUAAUAGUAAUAGUAAUAGUAAUAUCAAUUGUAAUAAUAAUAUCAAUUGUAAUAAUAAUAUUUAUUGUAAUAAUAAUAUUUAUUGUAAUAGUAAUAGUUGUGAUAAGAACAAGGUGAAGAAAAAAAAUACGACACCCAUUUCAAAACAGGGAUCAAAAAAUUUAGACACCUUUGAUAUAAAUACAAAUACAUUAUAUCAACGUGAAAUAAAAAACUUCCAUAAAUCAUUUUCAUUUUAUUUUGAAAAUCAAUGCAAUGAGAGUACGUAUAAAAUACCAGCUACAAAUACUUUGAAACAUUCUAUAAUAGAAGGUAUAGAAGAACUUAUUGCUGAAAUAGAUACAUCAUGGGAUGAGGCUGAACAAAGAACAUCAUAUGAUUUAUUUACAGAGAAUGAUGUAAUAUUAACACAUGGUUAUUCAGCAGGAGUAGAGAAAUUUUUAAAAACAAUAAAUAAAAAAAAAGAUGGAAUAUCUGUUAUAGUUGUAGGAGGAGAUAUUAAUAGAAAUGGAUUUAAAAUGUCUCAAUCAUUAAGUGAUGAUGGUGUUGAUACAACAUAUAUAUCUGAUGCAGCUGUUUUUGCUGUUAUACCUAAAAUUAAUAAGGUAGUUUUAGGAUCUGUUGCUGUAUCUUCAUCAGGAGGAGCAAUCACAAAAAUGGGUGGUUAUAAUAUUGCUUGCUCAGCACAAUUACAUUCUAAACCUGUAAUUAUUGUUCUACCAUUAUUUAAAUUAAUAUAUGUUCCAUUAUAUGAUCCUUUAAGACAAAAUGAAUUACAACCAGGACCUUCUCUUAUAUAUAAUGAUGACGAUGUUGAAAAUCUUCAUGUUAGAAUUCCAAAAUAUGAUUACAUACCAGAACAUUCAAUAACUUUAUAUAUAACUGAAAUGGGACCUGUAGAUUCUUUCCAGUUAUAUAAUAUAACAAAGAAAAGAUAUCACCCCGAUGAUAUGGACUUGAGUUUUGAAUAA